AUGAGCGUUUGGUCAUUUCUCUCCGCUCUCUACGAAGGAUUCGUCUCCUCGCCGCCCCGAUCCAAAGCCAAUCCAGCGAGGAAGCAACCUGCUGGACCAAGACCAGGACCAUCAAACGAUGGAUUUCUGACCAAGGCGGAGCGGAGGAUGCUCGAAGAAAAACAAGAAGCAGACGCCGAGAAAAUGGGUCUGCCACUGGGGCGCCCAAUCAGCUGGAUCAUAAAAAUGGCUGAGGAGAAGCACGAAGAAUGUUGUGCCGACAACAUUAAAAAGAAGAUGCAGACGAUGAAUGUGGUCACGGAGCUUCGGAAGCAUUUUGGAGGCAUUGAGGCGUCUAGAAAAAGAAAAUUGGCAAGUUUCGAGGAGUAUCGAGCCAAGGCGUCUGCAUUGGUGAAGCGGCAAAAGCUGGAAUAA